CAGGGAGAAUCACUGCGGUACCAGAUAACAGUGAUUUCUAUCUGAAAUUUCCGUUGCCAAUGACGGCCUUGGCCACGCCGUCGCCCAUCGGUGUCACCGUCCUCUGUCGCUCAUCGUCAAACGCGUCGCGGCACCGUCAGUCUUACUGUUCCCGCUACGGCAGCCUCAACCCAUUCCCGCCACGUGAGGUUGAAACCUUGUCUGAAAGAACCACAAGACCAUUUCCGAAGAGGCUGACUUUGACGCCAACUUCAGCUCGACUUUUCACAGUUAGGUCGCAGCUGAAAUAUCCCAUCGUAUCUCCUGAUGAUCAUUGGGGCACAUGGUCCGCUCUCUUCACCAUUGGUGCUUUUAGUCUCUGGUCGGAGAAGACGCGGGUUGGAAGCAUGGUAAGUGCUGCCCUGGUGAGCACCUUUGUUGGCCUUGCAGCAAGUAAUCUAGGAAUACUUCCUUAUGAUGCGCCGGCUUACGCAAUUGUCUUGGAGUUUCUGCUUCCCUUAGUUAUUCCCUUGCUAUUGUUUAGAGCAAACUUGCGCCACAUGGUGCACUCCACAGGAACCCUACUGUUAACUUUCUUACUUGGUUCAGUUGCCACUAUUGUUGGAACUCUAGUAGCGUUCUUAAUAGUGCCAAUGCGGUCUCUCGGUCCUGACAACUGGAAAGUAGCAGCAGCUCUCAUGGGCAGCUAUAUUGGUGGAUCUGUUAAUUAUGUUGCCAUUUCAGAGGCGCUCGGUCUGUCUGCUUCAGUUUUAGCAGCAGGAGUAGCUGCAGACAAUGUUAUUUGUGUUACACAUAUCAUGGUAUUGUUUGCAUUGGCUUCUAACAUACCUCCUGAAGCUUCAGCCUCAACUACUGAUGAUGCGAUGUACAUAGAGUCCAGCGAUGGGAGCAAGAUACCCGUGUUGCAGUUUGCCACUGCACUUGCCACAUCGUUUUUAGUAUGCAAAGCUGCCAAAAACCUAACAAAAAUAUCUGGAAUUCAAGGAGCAACUCUUCCAGGAGUCACAGCAAUCAUAGUCAUUUUAGCCACUGUCCUCCCAAGGCAAAUGGGUUCCCUUGGACCUGCUGGUCAUACUAUUGCACUGCUCUUGAUUCAGGUAUUUUUUGCAGUGACUGGGGCUAGUGGGAAUGUGUGGACUGUCAUCAAGACAGCCCCAAGUAUCUUCAUGUUUGCUCUAAUCCAAGUGACCAUCCAUCUUGUUAUAGUUCUUGGGUUCGGAAAGUUGUUUGGGUUUGAUUUGAAACUGUUGUUAUUAGCAUCCAAUGCCAAUAUAGGAGGUCCUACGACUGCCUGCGGAAUGGCCAAAGCAAAAGGUUGGGAAUCUCUGGUUGUUCCUGGCGUUCUUGCAGGCAUUCUUGGCAUUUCCAUUGCCACUUUCCUUGGCAUUGGAUUUGGAGUUAUGGUUCUCAAACACCUUUAAUUUAAGGCUCAAUAGCAAGUACAUUUGAAGUCAUGAUUCUUUUUUCUUUUCUUUUCUUUCCUUUUUUUUUUUUCAGUGAAGAUUUUUUCAUAUA